AUGGUGGGUGGUAAAGUCGUGGCUGGCACAGUGAACCUGGUGAUAGUGGGUGGUAAAGCUGUGCAUGGUACAGUGAACCUGAUGAUGGUGGUUGGUAAAUGUGUGGCUGGUACAGUGAACCUGGUGAUAGUGGGUGGUAAAGGUGUGGCUGGUACAGUGAACCUGGUGAUAGCGGGUGGUAAAGGUGUGGCUGGUACAGUUACCCUUGUGAAGGUGGGUGGUAAAGGUGUGGCUGGUACAGUUAAACUGGUGAUGGUGGCUGGUAAAGUUGUGGCUGACACAGUGAACCUGGUGAUGAUGGGUGAUAAAGGUGUGGCUGACACGGUGAACCUGGUGAUGAUGGGUGGUAAAGGCUUGGCUGGUACAGUUAGCCUGGUGAUAGUGGGUGGUAAAGCUGUGCAUGGUACAGUGAACCUGAUGAUGGUGGUUGGUAAAUGUGUGGCUGGUACAGUGAACCUGGUGAUAGUGGGUGGUAAAGGUGUGGCUGGUACAGUUAUCCUUGUGAAGGUGGGUGGUAAAGGUGUGGCUGGUACAGUGAACCUGGUGAUGGUGGAUGGUAAAGUUGUGGGUGGUACAGUUAACCUGGUUAUGGUGGGUGGUAAAGGUGUGGGUGGUACAGUUAACUUGGUGAUGGUGGAUGGUAAAGUUGUGGCUGGUACAGUUAACCUGGUGAUGGUGGGUAGUGGUGGUAAAGGCGUGGCUGGUACAGUUAACCUGGUGAUGGUGGGUGGUAAAAGUGUGGCUGGUACAGUUAACCUGGUGAUGGUGGUGGUAAAGGUGUGGCUGGCACAGUGA